AUGGGCGCCAACAGCAACGACCUCCGCGUCGUGGACGCUGGCGUGGUGAGGCCGUCCGACCUCGACCUCCCGCCACGCUCCCUCCCGCUCACCUUCUUCGACGUCAAAUGGCUCCGCCCGCCGCCCGUCCAGCGACUCUUCCUCUACCGCCUCCAGCACAACCACAACGUCGACCAGCUCAUCUCCGACCUCAAGGCCUCCCUCUCCAAGGCCCUCACCCUCUUCUACCCGCUCGCCGGCCACGUUCGUCUCGCCCCGGACAGCAACCGCUACGAGCUCUUCUACCAGCCCGGCGACGGCGUCGCCUUCACCGUCGCCGAGUACGACUCCGACAUCGAACAAGACCUUGCCCACGCCGAGCCUGUCCAGGUGGCCAAGCUCGCGCCCCUCGUGCCGCCGCUGCCGAAGGGCCGUGCGGUGCUCGCCGUGCAGGCCACGGUGCUGCUCGGGGGGAGGGGCGUCGCUCUGGGUGUCACCUUGCACCACUCCGCCUGUGACGGCGCCAGCUCCACCCACUUCCUCCACACAUGGGCCGCCCUCUGCGCCGGUGCUGCCGAAAUGCCGCCGCCGCCGCCAGUCAUCGACCGCACGCUCAUCGCCGAUCCCAGGGGCCUCUACGACAUCUACUCCAAAGGAUUGCCGAGCGACGGCAGCGAGAUUGAGUUCGUGAGCAGCAGCGUCUCCUCUGUCCCCGACGACCAGCUCCUCGGCACGUUCACGCUGCCUCAGGAGCUCCUGCGUGGCAUCAAGGACACGGUCGCCCGUGAGGCUGCCAGGCAGGGCGCGCCGCCUCCCAGAUGCUCGUCGCUGCUCGCCGCCUUUAGUUUCAUGUGGUCCUGCUACUGCCGGGCCAAGCAGGAACAGAACCAAACUAAAACAACCUACUUCCUUUUCUCCGUUGAUCACCGGACCCGGUUGAAGCCGCCCGUCCCUGACAGGUACCUGGGCAACUGCCUAGGUCCGGCCAUCGCCGCCGCGCGCCAUGGCGAGCUUGCGGCUCCCGGCACGGAGGGCCUCGUUGCGGCGUUCAUGGCGAUCGCUGAUGCCCUCCAGGAAGAGGUGGGCGAGGGGUCACAAGACAGGUGGGACGGGUGUGUUGAGCGGGUGAAGGAGGCGGCGAAGGUUGGUCUGUUCUCCGUCGCCGGUUCGCCAAGGUUCCGCGUGUACGGCAUUGAUUUCGGGUUUGGGCCGCCGGCGAAGGUGGACGUGGUGUCAGUGGCAAAGACCGGCGCGAUGUCAAUGGCGGAGGCGCGAGACGGGCAUGGCGGCAUCGAGGUAGGGAUCUCACUGCCGACGAGCGGCAUGGAGCAUUUUCGACGGUGCUUUGACGAUGCCAUGCAUGCCAUCGGCAUGCAAGAGCGGGCCUAUAUAUAGUUGAUGAUGAGGGUCCGUGUCCUACUCUGGCACUCUGGAGUGGAAUUCAUCAUCAUCUUCACCAAUAAUUCAUCCUUUAUGUCCUGGUCAGGUGUGAGUAGUCCACCUCUGGACUACAAUUUCGUACUAGUACAACUAUUUAGCGUUCUCUCUCUCUCUCUCUCUCUCUC